AUGUCUCGCCGACAUCAUCUGCUGAGUCGUCGCGAGGUCAUCGCUCUGUUUUUGGAUUUUGAUGACGCCACGGUAAACCUCACUGAUAUGGCAUUGCCGGCACCGCCCCAAGCGCUCGCUUCAUCGGGAGGUGUUGCUGCGUCUGCGUACCUGCCUCCUUUCACACGCCUUGACGUGGUACGCGAGGCGCUGGUUGCGUUUGUGUGUGUUAAGCUGCGCUCUGUCCCCAGCACCGCGCUCCUCUCCUUUGGCCUCUACGUCAUCCGCGCCGACAGUGCCAAGGCGGAGGGACAGGAUAAUGGCGAGGUAGAGGUAGAAGAGCUAUUGACACCGGGUCCUGCCGGUGAGGCCGGCGGCUGUGCGGUGCAGGCUGCCAUCAAGGAUCUUGAUCCCAGUGUGUGGGGCCCGAGCAACAGCGACCAGAGUAGUUUUGCAUCAUCGUCACCGAUGGUCUACACAGGGGUGAUGCGCUGCCUGAAGCGCCUUCUGGAGGAGGCGGAGCAAGCGCAGCAGCAAUCCCCUGACCAAGCGGCAAUGCGGAUGUCCAAGAGCGCUUUCGUGGCUGCGUUUGCAAAAAGUUCCUCUGCUGGCACGAAGGGUACUCGAGCUUCCCUGUCCUCUAGCUGGAGCCCAGCCCCGCUGUCCACUUCGCUGGCUCGCAGAGACCCACCAGCAACUGCGACAGCGGGAAACCCGGAGGCGUGUGCUGUGGUGCACGGCAUUGUGCUGCGCUCACGGCUGACUCCUCCCGCAUCACCAAGCUCAUACGCGCAAGGCAAGGCUUCCACAACUUUGUGCAACACAGACGGCACUACUACCAUCACGACACCACGCUGCUGGCUUGAUAUUGUCUCACUAGCUCCCCUUGGCAAUGGCCCGCCGACCGAAUUGUCUUGUUUCUCGAACACAUCCAGCUCUGUCGCGGCGGCAGUACCGUAUGAACACACUCCGCUGCUGUUCACUGAGCUGAACGCCAACGAUUCCUGUACCUGUGCGCUACUAGACCCGGUUGAACUCACAGGCAUUAGUCACCGCGGACUCGCACUCGGACCGGCACUCACUCGACUCAUCUCCCUGCAAGAACGCCGCACUGGCUCGUUUAUGCACCGUUCACUCGCCGUUGUGGAUAUUUUUGCAUGCGCUACAGCGUCUGCGGAUCCAGGUUCAGUUUUCCUCUUGGACCAUGCAGCGUCCAAUGACAGUGUUGGCGCCACUUCCCAACAGCAAAGCAGCACCUCCCCCAAAUUGCGCAUCCCGACUGCCGCAGCGAAGAGCUUCACUGCCCAGCUUGCCAUUCCGCCUCAGUCAUUGGGGUCUUCAGUAGCAGGACCGUGCUCAGCACUGCCAUCGCUACUCGCAAUACAGGCCAGCAACGGAAACACAUCUUCUGCGCAGCCACUGCGUAUACUUACUCCUGUCGGCACCACGCACCACUCCCUUCCUGCAGUGAUCGAGCAGCGCAGUAUCGCUUCCGCUGCGCGAUUGCCGAGGCAGCCCAACCCACGAAGACCAAGCAAAAACAGUGGUACCGUUGCUCCUGUAGGUGUGGGUCUUCCGGAGUCGUUGACGAUGUUCAAGGAAGACGUCGAGGUUGACCUUGCCGUGACACGGCACUACACUGUUCCCGCAGAGAUUUCUUCCGCAUCGCCGAAGGCGGCGACGAAUGCUCCAGUUCUGCAGCUACACCAAAUAAUCACCUACGCCACCCCCACGCAGAGAGGCCGAGCGCCAGCGGCUUCAAACCCGAGUGGUGAAAGCGCCGUGAAGGGCCCAUCGCGCUUUGAGCCCAAACCACCGCAUCAGCAGCACCGACACGCAGACGUCCGCAGCGGUGGCGUCAUGACUGCCACCACUCAGACGCAAUUAUCUACCGCAGCGACAACAUCUUCCCAGAGGCAGUGCCAGAGCACCCUCCAGCUGCAGCCAGGGGCAACGCCAGUACUUGUGGCGCCCUCUAUUCCGUUUCCUUUGACGCAUUUACCGCAUCCCCCCAUCGCAGCAGUCCAACUGGGCAACGGCGCACAGUUUGCACACCACGCGAGCAAACUCUGGAGCUCAGGCUACCAAUCACCGGAGCGGAGGUGGUGCUGUACCUCGACCAAGCGGCAACUCCGUCACAGCGAGCGGUAA